AUCGAUAGCGGUGCAACAGGAAUCUUCAUCAGCCCGAGAUUUGUCCGAGAACAUCGACUUCGGACAAAACCCCUUCCCCGACCCAUCCCCAUCUUCAACGUGGAUGGAACCCCGAACAAAGAAGCACUCAUCACCGGAGAACCCCGAUUUGUCAAAGCCUACGUCGCCAGCAUUGGCAAGGAAGACAUCAUCUUCGGCCACACUUGGCUCAAACUCGAAAACCCCAAGAUAGACUGGAAGACCGGACGAGUGGAGCUGAAC